UUCAUUUGUUUUCACCAUAAAGAAUCUUUGAUCAAUCAAACUCUUUCCCUUUUUUUUGUGAAAUCAAAUUGAAGUAUCCUAUUCUUUGUAUCAUAAAGAAAGACUCAAGAGGGAAGAGACCUUUUUCCUUCCUUUUGUUUUGGAAUCAUAGGAUAGAAGAAAAAGAAUGUGGCUACCAAAAGCAAACGGGACAAAGAAAGAAACAGGAAGUGGUUCGGUGGCAGUUGCAAUAGACAAAGACAAAGGAAGCCAACAUGCUCUUAAAUGGACAAUCGACAAUCUUGCUUCUCGUGGCCAAACCAUAUCCCUUAUCCAUGUCCUCUCCAAAUCCCAUUCCUCUUCAGAUCUUGAAGACGGAACGCCACAGCAGAGACAGCAAUUGGAGAAGAUAGCUAAAGAUCUAUUCGUAUCCUUCCACUGCUAUUGCUCCCGUAAAGAGAUAAAUUGUCAAGACAUUUUGCUGGAAGACGCAGACAAAGUCAAAGCCAUUACCGAAUAUGUUUCAUCUUCAGCAAUCGAGAACUUAGUCGUUGGAGCCGCAUCACGUAAUGGCUUCAUGAGAAGAUUCAAGACGGAUUUGCCAACAACUGUGUCAAAAUCAGCUCCAGAUUUCUGCAGUGUUUAUGUAAUUUCAAAAGGCAAAAUUGCUUCAGUACGACAUGCAUCUCGUCCUGCUCCUUACCAUAAUUCCAUGCAGCAAUGUGAGAUUGACAACCAUUACCCUCAUACUCCUGACAAAGCACCAAAGCACCAUGACCAUUCCAAUUCUGCAGGUAAUACACCUUCUAGACCGCGCAGAUCAGUUGAAUCAGAUGCAACAAGAUCGCCGUUUGUGAGAAGGAAGCCAUAUGGGGACUUAUAUGAUUCAGAUAGCGACCUUUCGUUCAUCAGUCCCUCUUCUCAUCGUGAAUCUGACAUUUCAUUCAUCAGCUCUGGGAGACCGAGCGUUGAGCGCUCUUCCUUCAGCCUUGAUUUUCCUGAAUCUGCAAGGACUUCGAGAAUGUCAACGAGCUCAGAGCAAAGCAUUGGUUCACAUCGCUUGGGACUUCAGUUCAGUGAUCCUGGUUUCCCUAACGAAUCCUCUACAUUCUCUGAAGAGAGCGGUAGAACAUCCUCAUAUUCAUCUCAGAGCUUGGAUGAUGUUGAAGCUGAAAUGAAGAGGCUGCGUUUAGAGCUUAAACAAACCAUGGAUAUGUAUAGCACAGCUUGCAAAGAAGCUUUAAGCGCUAGACAACAGGCAACGGAGCUGCAAAAGCUGAGAACCGAAGAGGAGAGACGGUUGGAAGAAGCAAAGAGUUCAGAGGAAGCAGCAAUGUCAAUAGUGGAAAAGGAGAGAGCUAAAGCAAAAGCAGCCUUGGAAGCUGCUGAAGCUGCAAAGAGAUUAGCAGAAGUGGAAGCUAAAAGAAGAUUGACUGCAGAGAUGAAGACACUGAAGGAAUCAGAUUCAUUCUCUCGCGGAUUUGUGCGGUAUAGGAAAUACACGGUUGAAGAAAUCGAAGAAGCUACUUCAAAUUUUGCAGAGUCUCAAAAGGUUGGAGAAGGAGGCUAUGGCCCUGUCUUUAGAGGCUAUCUUGAUCACACAAGUGUUGCUGUUAAAGUUCUACGCCCUGAUGCAGCUCAAGGAAGAUCACAGUUUCAGAAAGAAGUUGAAGUGUUAAGCUGCAUACGGCAUCCAAACAUGGUGCUUCUUCUUGGAGCUUGUCCAGAAUUUGGGAUUCUUGUUUAUGAGUACAUGGCCAAAGGAAAUUUAGAAGACCGGCUUUUCAGGAGAGGAAACACACCGCCGAUUACCUGGCAGCUACGUUUCAGAAUCGCUGCUGAGAUAGCCACAGGACUUCUCUUUCUCCACCAGACCAAACCUGAACCAAUUGUCCACAGAGACCUUAAACCAGGAAACGUUCUCCUCGAUUACAACUACGUGAGCAAGAUCAGCGAUGUCGGGCUAGCAAGAUUAGUCCCUGCAGUAGCGGAAAACGUAACACAGUACAGAGUCACUUCAGCUGCAGGAACAUUCUGUUACAUUGAUCCUGAGUACCAACAAACCGGAAUGUUGGGUGUGAAGUCAGAUGUUUAUUCGCUGGGGAUCAUGCUUUUGCAGAUCUUGACUGCGAAACAGCCAAUGGGUUUGGCUUACUACGUUGAGCAAGCAAUCGAAGAAGGGACUCUGAAAGAUAUGCUUGAUCCACAAGUACCUGAUUGGCCUGUGGAAGAAGCUCUGUCUUUAGCGAAGCUUUCUCUUCAAUGCGCGGAAUUAAGAAGAAAAGAUAGACCGGAUCUCGGGAAAGAGAUACUGCCUGAGCUCAACCGGUUAAGAGAGAUUGGUGAAGAGAGUUUAGAGAGUGUGUUUUAUGCAGGAAAGUCUCCACACACUAGCCAAGGCUCUAUUUCAGCAUCUAGUGAUCCUUGUACACCGAAUCCGGAAUCUCCAGCUGCAGAAUCUCAAUCCUAGUUUUUGAGAUGGCUAAACAAAAUUGGGUAACUAAAUAGAAUCAGAUGAAUGAUGUUUCAAGUGAAGCUGAAGAUAAAGGAACUAGUGUAUGAUACUAUACCCAGCCUUAGGAGGAAUAUGGUAUUCUGUUAAAUAAUCAGUUAUGUAAACGGUCUAUUAUAUGUAGGCCCAUCACGGUAUUUAUUAAAGCAUCGAUCAUGUA